GUUAAAGCAAUGGGGACCAAAUACACUAUUUUCCGGUAUAGAAUUUGCUCUACCUUCUUUAAUAUUUGGGGUAGAGAAGUGAAUGAGGUAUCAAAUUAAAGUUAAAGUCGUGCUUAAUCGUUGUAUCAUUGCUUCUCAGUUUUAAACUUCAAAAUAACCAUCGUAUUUUGCAUCGAGAGCGCUCUAUCCAGUCACAAAGCAGAUUAUACCUAACCACCACAAGUUGAUUUUGAUAUUCUGACGACUAGCCUCCGGAAGUGACGUCAAUGUGUGUUGUAGUCCCAAACUGUCCGCUGGGCUCACUUUCAUGGCGGAGAUGUGGGACCGAAACCGCUAGCUAGCUAGUUUGCUAGCCUAGCGAUAAAGUAUAUGAUGAGUUGUUUCAAGGAUAAAAAAAAAAAGACCAGACGUUGCGGUGGACAUUGUGAAUAUUUUCCGAGUUUGUUAAUGUCGUAGCAUCUUCUUGUUUAUGCUGCAAAGAGAAGCGUCGACAAUUUAGUGACGUACCGCUAGCACGUCAAUCUGCAGGCUAGCUUAGCUUGUGUUGCUAAGUGACUCGGUGUGAUGUGAUAUGGCAGGGAACCAGCCAAACAACAGCUCGACGUUUUUGAUCUUUGACUUGCACUUCUGGACAUCAAACGUCUCUAAAUUGGACCCGCCUUUGGUAUUUCAUAACGGCGGCUGCCACGUCAGCUCGCUAGCAUAAAUUUCAAAUUGCUAUCGAAAGCGCCUAGUCUGGAAUGGAGCCAGGCGACUUGAGGGAGAGUCCGGCGGGUUCCGGGGAGUCUGAUGCCGGUGAGUGGAGGGAGGUUCGACCCGGUGGGGACGAGGAGCGCAAGGCCGCACAAACAGGUGAGACAUCACCAGAGAAGAUGCUGCAAAAGGACAGUUGCUGUGAAAACGUCGGCGACAAAGCGACGAAAGUAGGGGAGCAGCCACACAGCCCCUACGACGAUGAACUGGACCCCCGAAUCCAGGAAGAGUUGGAGCAUCUGAAUGAAGCCAGUGCAGAAAUAAACAACCUAGAGCUGCAAUUGGAUGACGCCAGGUCAGGGUACCGUAAGAUCCUCACCGAGUCUGCCAGGAAGCUCAACGCGCACAGCUCUCAGCUCGGCGCCUGCAUUGACAAAGCGAGGCCCUAUUAUGAGGCCCGUCGGCUGGCCAAGGAGGCUCAGCAGGAGACCCAGAAGGCAGCGCUAAGCUACGAGAGAGCCGUUUCCAUGCACACGGCCGCCAGGGAGAUGGUCUAUGUGGCAGAGCAGGGACUCAUGGCUGAUGGAAAGAACACACUGGAUCCCACGUGGCAGGAGAUGCUCAACCACGCAACCUCCAAGGUGAAUGAGGCCGAGGAGGAGCGCCUUCGCAGCGAGAGGGAGCACAUGCGUGUCACCCACGCCUGCCAGGAAGCCGAGGCUCGAGUCCAGUUGCUCCAGAAGUCCCUCAAGAGGGCCAUCGUCAAGUCCAAACCUUACUUUGAGCUCAAGGCGCAGUUCAACCACAUCCUGGAGGAGCACAAGACCAAAGUACUGCAGUUGGAGCAGCAUGUGUCCAAAGUCAAGACACGCUACUCCAUCGCCCUCAGGAACCUGGAGGAGAUCAGCGAGCAGAUCCACGCUCAGAGGGGGCAGGACCACGACGAGGUGGGACGUCCCACCGUCUGCGGCGGGCGGAGCCCUCCUGUGGGGGCCGAGUCUGAUGCCGGAGCACGGGAAGAAGGAGGUGCCUGUGGUGGCGCCGUAAUGGGACGUGACCGAUCGGACGCGGCCGGUCAGCUGCUGGAAAAGUUGAAGGAGAAGGAGGAGGACAAAGAGAGGGCGGGCUCGGACUCCCUUUCCGUCUUCAGCCUGCAGACCAUUGCCUCCGACCUGGAGAAAUACGACUCCAUCGAGCACCUCGGGGAUCUGAGUGACGUGGGCAGCGUUACCGGGGAGGAGGGCGAGAGGGAUCAAGCGACGCACCGACGAGACAAGAUGGCGACAGAGAUGAGCGCCAGAGAACGCCAGCAGCAGUUUUACAAGCAGCACCACCGAAGCUUUAGCUUGUGAGGUCGUCGAGGCGGGUAGAACUCGCCGCCUCCCUCCCGCAGGCCAAAGAUGGCAAACGUGCUGCUGACAUGUACAACCGGAGUGACGCGGCUGUAUGUGGAAAUAAGUGACACUUUAUCGGAAGGUUAAGGUGACCUUUAGCAUCACAGGCUACUUACUAUACGCGCACUCCUUCGAAGGGAGCAGAAACGAAGCUAGCUAGAACACGCACUAUACUAUCACUCCUCUGAGGGAACCCAGUGGAAACCCGUUAGCAUACCAUGCUAGUUACCUCGUGCACUAUACAUUCAUAGUGUAAGCUACUUUAAUGGGUUACUUGUUGUAGUCCCAAACUGUCCGCUGGGCUCACUUUCAUGGCGGAGAUGUGGGACCGAAACCGCUAGCUAGCUAGUUUGCUAGCCUAGCGAUAAAGUAUAUGAUGAGUUGUUUCAUGGAUAAAAAAAGACCAGACGUUGCGGUGGACAUUGUGAAUAUUUUCCGAGUUUGUUAAUGUCGUAGCAUCUUCUUGUUUAUGCUGCAAAGAGAAACGUCGACAAUUUAGUGACGUACCGCUAGCACGUCAAUCUGCAGGCUAGCUUAGCUUGUGUUGCUAAGUGACUCGGUGUGAUGUGAUAUGGCAGGGAACCAGCCAAACAACAGCUCGACGUUUUUGAUCUUUUACUUGCACUUCUGGACAUCAAACAUCUCUAAAUUGGACCCGCCUUUGGUAUUUCAUAACGGCGGCUGCCACGUCAGCUCGCUAGCAUAAAUUUCAAAUUGCUAUCGAAAGCGCCUAGUCUGGAAUUCAUAGUGUAGUGUAAGCUACUUUAAUGGGUUACUUUAAUGUUCGAGCUCCCUUACGAUGCUCUCAUUGACUUCUCGCGGGGAGCUAGGCGGGAAUCCAUUAGCUUGGCAAGCUAAUUAGGGCAUUUACUACGAGGUACCCGAGCGGCAAUCCGUUAGAACAGCACGCCAGUUUCAAAGUUUACUAUAUGUUCACGUCUCCAAGGGGAAGCAUGUGGAAAUUGUUAAGCAUGAAGAAAGUGAGCGUGUGAUGCUUUGUGUGAUUACAGGUUGGUUUGCCGUGUGACACGCGUGUGUCGUGUCACUUGAUGGCAGCAGUUUGCUGCUUCGCCCUCCCCCCUCUUUGCACAUUUCCCCAAUGAAUGUUCCUCGAUCAAACUCAACCCAUUUGACACGUGAUUAGAUGGGUUAUGACAUGUUUUUUAAGGGCGGGGGG